CCGCGGGGCCGGGGUCGGCGGCUGUGGGAGGGCGGGAGGAGGAGCGCGGACCGCCCCCACCGUCGCCGUACAAAAGGGGAAGGGCGGGCGGCGGAGCGGCGUGUGCCGCCGGGCAGGGACAGGGACAGGGACAGGGACAGGGACAGGGACAGGGACAGGGACAGGGACAGGUAGGGCGGGGGACAGGCAGGGCGCAGCGAGAGGCCCUCCAGUCCCCUCCUCAGCGCCGUUCCGACCGGGAUCGCGACCGUCCCGUCCCACCUCAUCCCGUCCCGUCCCAUCCCAUCCCGCUCCGCCGCCGGGCCGGGACCAUGCGGCGGGCGCGGGCGCUGCGCCGCCGCGGAGCGCUGCUCGCCUGCCUCUCCCUGGGGACGCUGCUGGCCCUCGCCGACGCCAAAGGCUCCUUCUACCCCCCCGCCGCCCCCCUGCCCUACGGCGGCAGGUACAGCCUCUACACGGCCGGCUCCAGCCCGCAGCUCGGCCCCGGCAAGCCCGUGGGCAAGCACAAGAGCUACUGUGCCUACGUGGUGCAGCGCAACGUGACGUGCACGCUGCAGGACGGGGCCGAGAGCUACGUCAAGGCCGAGUACCACAAGUGCAGCUGGGGACCCAAGUGCCCGGGGAAAGUGCUGUACCGCACGUUCUUCAGACCCAGAUACAAGAUCGGAUACAAGACAGUGACGGAGCUGUCCUGGAGGUGCUGCCCAGGCUUCAUGGGAGAAGGGUGCCACGACAGCCCCACCGACCAGCCUGGCCUGCUGCCCCAGCACCCCAGCCCGAAAAUGCCUCCUGGGCAAAAUAUGUUUCCAAUGCCCAGACUUCCACCCUAUCCAAAAAGCCACCCUGACCUGUUUCCAGGACCAAAGAAGAAUCAGUAUGGCAGGAAGCUGCCGGGCCUCUUUGGGGACCGCCUGGAUCGGCUGGAGGAGGAGGUGAGGCGCCUCUCCCAGUCCUACGACAGCCUGCACACCAUGGUGAGCGGGCUGGGGGACCGCCUGCGCCUGGCCAUCCAGGAGGACACCACCAAGAUGAUCGGCUCCCUGAUGAACAGCCCGGGCACGCCUGACUCCACAGUCGGCUUCGGCAUCAUUCCCGACGGGCUGGUGGACGUGGCGGACAAAGCCGACAUCACCACGUACCCUCCCGUGGGGGAGAUCCUGACCAAAGUGACCGAGGUGAGCGACGUGCUGAAAACCAAGGCAGAUCUGCUGCACGAGGUCCGGGGCAUGGUCCUGGACCACGACGGGCACAUCAAGCACCUGCUGGAGGCUGCCCGGCCCUCGCCCCUCACCUCCAUCGACCUGCUGGAGGAGUACGUGGACACGAGGCUGAGCACUCUGCGCGGGGAGCUGCUCGACGGCUUCGAGAAGAAGCUGGGGAAGAUCCAGACCACGUGCGACUUCCGGAUCCAAGAGGUGCGGCAGCAGUGUGAGGAGGAGAAAGCUGCCAACCUGCGGCUGCAGCAGACGCUGGAUGGGAAGGAGCUGGAGAUCAAGAAAGAGAUCUCCCAGCUGGAGACCCAGAUCCAAGGGCUGACCGUGGUGGAAAGCUGCUGCAGCAACCUGGACUACCUCACUGAUCGCAUGAACAUCCUUGAGAAAGGCCUUCACAGCAUCUCCGAGUCCCAGAAGAACUUGCACUCACGGCUGGAUGGAGAAAUCUCCACUGUCACCCUAGGGAACCUCUUUGAAGGGCGCUUUGAGGACCUGGAAGCCAGGCUCAAUGCUACAGAGAGGGAAACGGGGAGCUGCUGCUCUGGGAUAGAGGACAGCAUGAGAGGCACAGUGGUGGCAGAGGUGGAUGGCAUGAGGACUGCCUUUGAGGACAAAAUGCAGACCCUGGAGGACAGGUUCAUGACCAUCGUGGGGGAGCUGAACAAUGUCAGUUCUCCCAUGGGAAUGGAUGGAGCAGUGGUGCCUGUGCUGGAGGGCGAGCUCGCCAGCAUGAGGAAACGGACAGACGAGACACUGGAGGUGCUCCAGAAUCGCCUUGUCACGCUGGAGAGCACUUGUUCCCUGGGCUGCACCUCCGCCUCCAAAGAUGUGGAGACCUUCCGGACGGAGAUCGAAGACUGCCAGAACAAGAACCAGGACCUGCUCCUGAGGAUGGACAGCAACUAUGACCUCCUGCGCAAGCUGAACGCCACCAUCCUGGAGAUCCAGCGGCGAAUCGAGGAGGAAGCAUCGGGAGCUUUGCAAGGGGAGAUCACCUUGCUAAAGAUCAACCUGAACACUGUGAGCAAGUCUCUGACAGGGCUCAAGGACUCUGUCUCCCAGUACUCGGAUACCGUGACACAUGUCAACUCCUCUCUGGACGAGCACGAGCGGAAGAUAGAGGAUGAGGUGCACUCCAUCCAGGAGAAAGUCAACGACCAAGGCUCCCAGCUCUUCUUCAGCAACCGGCGUGUCCUGAACCUCAAGGGAGACCUGGAGCGACUCAAAGCCAGGAUUGUCAGUGACCUGAGCUCCUGCAAGAACGUGGCCCACGACCUGCAGCAGGAGAUCUCUCACUUCGACGAGCGGGUGGCCCGGGUGGAGAGAGCCUGUGGCAGGCUGGGUGUCCUCACAGGGAGCCUGGACGACAUCAGGAGGGAACUGGAGAAACACACGGGCAGUCUGUGGGACUACAUGGACCACAUGAACGGGACACUGGCUGCCCACUCUCAGGAAAUAACAGGACUGAAGGACAACCUGCUGGACUGCCAAGCCAAGGUCUCCGAGCUGGCAGAACAGGUCGGGCACUUGGAAGAGAAGGUGGAGGGGAGGCAGCAUUAGCCACACUGCCAUGUGUGUCUUCCUUCCCCCCCCGUGAAGGACAGGAUUAACUUAUAUCACACAGACUCGCUCCAAUGUGACAACAGUUCGUGGGAUAAUUUUUUAAAUGAAAAGCUGCUACUUUUUCUUUUUUUUUUCCCCUUCAUCUCGUUGGCCCCACUUUUCCAUAACUCUGCUGUGCCAGUACUCCCCUCCUGCUCGGCAGCUGUCCUGACCCUGGUGCAGCAGUGUCACUGCCUCCUGGCUGGGGGUGUUGCUUUGGCUCCUGGGCUGAUGACCCCAGAAGGACAAUUCAGGAGGAAGCUGGAGGCGGGAACAUUGAUUUUUAAUUUUAUUUUUUGUGGAUUUAUAAUUUCUGGAAGAAUACAACCCUGUAGUUAUCAGUUGAGGAAGAGUUUCUCCGACCUAAAGACCACCUGCAUCUCAGUCCAGGGACUGAGCAAAGCCAGGGCUCCUUACGGGGAACAAAACUCACCACAGGAAUUGCAAAUUUCAAAGAACACACGUAUUCACACGUCCCCUCGGGGAACUGGCUUCCCCUCUCCGAGACAGCAGCUCUCCUUGUGUAUGGUAAAUCCAUUUAUACUGCUCCCUCCUCCAUGCAGAUGCACAUGCCUUGUGGAGCAGAUGAGGGUAUGCAUUAGGAAAACACACAUAUGCAUAUAUAUACAUAUGAUAUCUGUGUGUAUAUUUUUGAAGAAUCCACUGUCAUGGUGCUCAUCUGAUUGCAGAGUUUCCCCCUGCUGCCCCAUGUCCCUUGCCAUAUUCCAAAGAGCCACACUGAGCAGCUAAAACCUGCAGCAGCAGUAUUUGGGGAGAGCCCCACAGUCCCCAGAGCUGCUGUGCUCUGCAAUCUCACUUUGCUGGGCUCUCUGGUUACACCUGGGACUGACUUACUGGGUUAUGGAAAACGCGUCUUCCCCAAGGAGACGUGUCCGUAGGUCCCUGCAGAGACCAGUCCUGUCCUCCAGCUCUGGUUCUCUCCUGUUUUACUACUUAAACUGUGAACGUGGUUUCCCUCAUCUCGUCCAGGGGCAGGAGAAUUCCAGCUGCUCCAGGGUGUGAGUGCAGCAGUGUGGGAACAGGAGCCUCCCCCUCACAUUCCUCUAGCCCACUAGCCCUGGGACCUGCACCUGUGAGAAGACCUCUGGAGACCUCUCCUCAGCUCAGCCUGGGAAUCAAAAUCCCAAGUGACUUACCCAGCUUGACUCUGGUUUCCCACAAGCAGGCAGGCUGGAAAAGGUUGUCCAUGUUCCUGAGCAGCCCCAGCCUUGCCUUAUGGACCUGUUGCACACAGAACCUGCCUCUCCCUGGGAGCCCCCCACGGGCACCCUCCACUAACCAGCAACAGGGUCUUCAUGACUAGGAUGAGGGGGAAAUUAAAGAGCCUCCAUCCAAGCAGGUCUGGCACUUUAUAGCAGAGGAACAUAUUUUUCUAUCAGCUCAGCGUUUCAGCUCAUGGACUCUUCCAGACCAUCCAGCCUUCAGCUCCCACCCAGUGCCCAUCACCCUCACCAGACUGCCCCUGUUCUUUUCCACCAAAAUUCCCUCCCUGAUCCUCCCUGACCAGCACAAAGCAGCAGCAGCUCCCAGUAGAGAUGCAUCAGGGCACCUUUUCUCCUCCAGAAAAACUGUGUGAGCUCCCUGAAGCAUCAUUCCAGGCUGGGGAGGACCACAGGGAUCCCUGAGUCCAGUUGGCCACAUCGUGUUCCCCUGAUGCAGUAAUAAGCUCGUUCCCCUGCCAGAGGAGCAUGGGCCAUCAGCUGUGGAGAGGGGACCUGGCCCCCCACCACUCACCCAGUCCCACCAGGUGCUCACAGCACCAGAAUCCACUCUUCCUGCUCUGGGCUUUGCUCAGUUGGAGCUAUGCUGCAGCUGCUGAGACACUUCUAUGGCUGAAGAACAACCCCCGGCUGCUGAUCGGCAUCCUGCAAAACCUGCUCUUACACAACAAAACCUAUGUUUUUUCUCAGCCCAAAGAAGGAGUCUUAAGUCAAUCCUCAGUACUCAGGGGAGCCCUCACCCCACACAAGCAUCCUGCCAGAGCUCCCCUUCCCAUACCCUCACACCAGGGAAAAAAAGGGCUGCAGCAACCAAAGAGAAAAAAAGCCAAGGGCCAGGCUCUCCCUUCCCCAGCCAGGGCUGGGUUAGAGUGGCUGAGCAGGAACAGCUUCCCGAGCACAGAGGGAGCCAGGAUUGGCCUUAAUAAAACUAGGACAAGGAAGAAGUCUGACCUUCCAGAAAAUGGUGCUAAGUUUGGACUAUUCCUGACUAGUCACUUGAAGCUAUGGACAGUUUAUAUUUCAGUUCUCAACUAUUCAUGUUUAAAAAGUGAAAGGAACUUUGUACAAAACUGGGCAUUUUUUUUUUUUAUUGCUUGCAGAAGGAGGAAAUGGUGCCCAUGGGGUUGUCCUUGCAUGGGCAGCUUUCCAAGGCAGUUGAUAACUGAUACCGUCAAAAGGCUGUGUUCUGUUGUUUUUAAAACAUUUUACAUUUGUUCAGAUUUUAAAAGCUGAAAAAGCGUUUGUACUGGAAAGGAAAAAAAUAAAGUAUUUCUCACUGAGGUUUCCAGAA